AGCAGAGGCGCUAAUCACACUGCUGUACACACAGUGUUAGAUGGAUGGAUGAUUAUGGCAGCUCCACAUCUGUGCUUAUAAACCCGGUGAUCUAAUCCGGGACACACAUGACGCUUUAUUCUAUAACGCCAGGAGUCUGGCUGCUUUGUGUGAGGUGAAUAGUGACCAGUAGCGCCAGUAUCGGAGUUUUCCACGGCCGGCGGCACCGACUGGCCACGCUGCGGGAACAGGGCGGAUCUUAGGACCCGUGCUUUCAUUCCUCGUCGAAUAACAAAAAGUUAGGGGGGCGCUCGGCGUGCUGUGGACGUGCUACACAGCAGUCAGAGUGUGUCAAAGUGUCUGUGGUCAGCCCCUUUGCUGCUGCUGCUGUGCUCCCAUUGCAGUGGUGCAGCACAGUCAGCUGCAGGGCUGCGUGUGUGUUUGUGUGCGCGAUCUGCCGCGGGGUGUCUUCACUACUCUGUGGCUGCACUGUAAACAAACCGAGGCGAGUGUAGGCUGGUCCGCCCGUGCUUUCCGGAAACGAUGGUGCAAAACACGGGACACACCUCGGGUCAGCAGCCACACGCAGAAGCCCGACGAGGUGCCCGUCUGUGAACAAAAGGCAGCGAGGAGAGCGACUCGAGCAGGCACCGCGCGGGACAACCCUCUGAAUCCGGGGCUCGAGCACGCACCAGCGCUCUUUUUCUGUUUUGUGGUCUUUUUCCCGUCUCUGUCUUUCCAGCCGCUGAGACCCUGAGCGUUGCACGCUGGCCCAGGCCACAUUGAUGCUGGUGGGCACUGGCCUGUUCCUCUCCCUGCCACCUGCUUCUCCACAGCUCCCACGUCUUGAGCCAUCAUGGCUAUGAGCCGUGACGCUGGCUGUGAGAGGCUGGACCCGAACUCUUCUACGCAGACCAGCGGUCUCACAGACAUCAUGGCCGCCAUGACAACAAAAGACUCGGAUGGCUCAGCCGCCAGCGGCGCGAAGAACGGUGGCUCCCAGCAGGACGUGGCUCAGGCCAAGCGGCCUCUUCCGACGCGGCCUCACCUGACUGGGAGGAAGCUGUCUUUGCAGGAGAGGACGCACAUCUCCCCUCGCAGGCCUACUGUGGAGAGUAAACGGGUGUCCAUAUCUGACUCCCAGGACUGUAUCCAGUUGAACCAGUAUAAGCUGAAGAGUGAGAUUGGAAAGGGCUCCUAUGGUGUGGUAAAACUUGCCUACAAUGAAGAUGAUGACAAACAUUAUGCCAUGAAGCUGGUGUCCAAGAAGAAGUUGGUGAAGCAGUGCGGGUUUCCUCGUCGCCCACCCCCAAGAGGACCAAAGGCGGCCCAGGGGGAGCAGCCCAAACUCUUAGGACCCCUGGAAAGAGUCUACCAAGAGAUCGCCAUACUUAAAAAACUGGACCAUGUCAACAUCGUCAAGCUGGUGGAGGUGCUGGAUGAUCCAUCGGAGGACAACCUUCACAUGGUGUUUGAGCUGAUGCGUAAGGGCCCAGUGAUGGAGGUGCCCACAGACAGUCCUUUAUCAGAAGAGCAAGCUCGCUUAUACUUCAGAGACGUCAUCCUGGGUAUCGAAUACUUGCACUACCAGAAGAUUGUCCACCGCGACAUCAAACCCUCUAACUUGUUACUCGGGGACGAUGGCCAUGUGAAGAUAGCAGACUUUGGAGUCAGCAACCAGUUUGAGGGCAACGACGCUUUGCUGUCCAGCACUGCUGGCACUCCGGCUUUCAUGGCACCAGAGACGCUGUCAGAUGCGCGAAAGAGCUUCAGUGGAAAAGCGCUGGAUGUUUGGGCCAUGGGGGUUACCCUCUACUGCUUCGUCUUUGGAAAGUGUCCCUUCAUUGACGAGUACAUACUGGCGUUGCAUAAUAAGAUAAGGACCAAGCCUGUAGAAUUCCCAGAAACGCCCAAAAUCAGUGAAGAGCUGCAGAAGCUGAUCUUGCAGAUGUUGGAUAAGAACCCCGACAGCAGGAUCAGCAUCCCAGAGAUCAAGAUGGACCCGUGGGUGACCCAGGGAGGUGCUGACCCCCUGCCUCUGGAGGAGGACCACUGCUCUGUGGUAGAGGUGACAGAGGAGGACAUCCAGAACUCCGUCAAAUUCGUUCCCAGCCUCUCUGCAGUGAUCUUGGUAAAGGCCAUGCUGAGAAAGCGCUCCUUCAGUAACCCCUUUGAGUGCCCAAGCCGGCGGGAGGAGAGGUCCAUGUCUGCACCUGGUAGUCUGCUCAUGGACUCGUGGCCCUUCCGGCCCUCUUUUAAACUUCAGCCCUCACUCAGAAAGGCCAGCACGGGCGAUGGACCCAGAGAAGGAGAGCUGGAGGACCUGCAUGAAGAUGAGCCCUCCUCUUGAGUCCUCCUGCGUGCGCAGCGUCCUCUUUGAAUCCACUUACGCCUUCAUUCACACCUCAAAGUGGUCCCACAGUGCAAACGUAUCACAAAAACUCGAGUUUUUUUGUUUUCUUUUUUGGGGAGAAGUUUGUCAUGUGACGUACACGCUUGCUUCUGCGCUGUGGAGCUGUUUUAUCCUCAGCCGAUGUGAGGAACACGAGCACGUCUGUGGAUCAUCACCGGUUUAUUUUGCUGGCCUGAAACUGUAUUACAGGCAAAGACAGACGAGUUUUUCCCAUUGUGCAUGGCGAAUAUUUAGACCGCAUCUUCAGCCCGUCUGCAGCCACCUGACAGGAGGAAACAGACCUCAGCAUGUAAAGGACACUGCACUGUCUCCUAAGUGAACUACGAGGCUUUCAUUUCAUCAGUCACUGUAAUGUUGUACAUACGUGUCUUGUGGUAUCUGCUGUGUUAUUGUGAAGACCCUUUAAGCAUAUCUGUGCCAACCUUUAUUCUGAAGCAGGUGCUUCCUGCGCUGCCUUCAGACACCUCGAUCGACUGCCUGGCAGUGAUCGCAGGGUGACUGCGAGCUGUGUGUUAGUCUGUCCUUCACGCUGCUUCUCCUAAUGCGUCGUCUGUGUCAGUCUGGUGGUUCUUGUUUCUUUGAUGCUCUGCUGUUGGAUGUGUUUGCGAUCGGAUGGGAAAAGUUUUUGGAUGGUGAGAACGAACGUAGUGGAAAACUGAUGUUACUCUGUAUAUAAGCACUGUUCCAAUUUAUACGUUAUUUAUAAUAUUAAUAUAUUGUAAAGUUCUUGGAUGCAGAGCUGAUUUUAAAGCAUAAAUAAUCUGCAUACAAAUGAAUCACUGAGUGCUUUGUAGAAGAAAUCGAAUCACGUUGUUCGUUAUUAUAUUAAGGAGAAGCGUCUGUACCCAAAUCAUUUGAAUGUGAAAUGAUGCAUGCACCUUUACUCUCAGGAAACACUGACCUGCUCUCUUUUUAAACAGUCUGUCACCUGUGUUGAAGCGCAUUCACAGAAGAGGAAAAUAAGGAAACUGCUUCAGAGACAAUCAUCAAGGAUCAGAUACAUUAGUGAUCGUUUCCCCUUCAGCUCUAGUGGACCAUGCAGAGCUGUCGCUGCGGCAUCAGGCUGCUCCCACAUAAAGCCAUGAAGGAGCAGAAAAUUCAUCCAGAAGAGCUUCAGGCGGACUCUGGACAAAGAGCAGCAGACGGAGGAGGUGCUGGAGCAGGGCUGGUGUUUGUCCAUCCGCAGCUGAUGGUGUCGUGUUUUUGACUUCAUGUUUUCAUUUUGUUGUUGCUCUUGUUAAUUUGAAGUUUUGGUGAGCUUUUAGAAAAGGACCGUGUGUUUGUGUUGGCACAACGCGUCAGUGCAGCCGCAAACUUCUCAUUAUAAUAAAUGGGAACACAGAUAAUGCACGCGCUGGCCACCGCAACAUCACUGUUUCCUGUAAACGUUGACAUCUGCUUACACAGUGAGGAGGAAGAAAAAUAUAAAGCAUGGCUGUCCGUGAACACGGAGUUGUGUUCUCGUGAUUUUCCAUUUGAUAACCUGUCAAAGUGCCAACAGUAGAUGCUGACGAUGGCCAGUGAAUCAGCUGUGCACAUGUGAACCCUCUACAAAUGUGGGCGUGGUGGAUAAAAGAAAGAGAGGCGUGUCCAUUUAAAGGCGCUUGGUUUAACAACGGGACGUGUCCUGGUGUGUUACCCCUGUGGGGGGAGAGCUGGGGGAGCGCUCGGAGCAGCGUUGUCCUCUGGCUGGUUGAUGCAGCUCGUUUCCUCCAGGGAAGGAUGCUAGCUUAGGCUCGAGGCGUGCAAACGGGAUUUCAGGCCGUGUUGUUGAGCCGGUGUGUUUAAUGUCCGCAGGGACAUGACGUCAUAACUGCUGUGACGUCAGUCAUAAACUUUAUCAUCAUCCUGACGUUUUGAUGUUCAGCUCUAAAUGCUGCACACCUUUAAUGAAGGCAACCAAAAAUGUCACAUGACGUCUUCUGUUUGACGUCACCUGUUUAAACGCUCGUCCUUCUGAUUCUCGCGUUUUUAUUCUGGGUGUUGUUGUGCUGGACGUUCGUGGGUCAAAGGUACUUUAUUGUUGUCUUUACAGCUCUCGACCUUUAACCUGUGUUUUUGUUUAUGUUCAAAUUCUUGCACUUUUCCACUUAAGUAUGUAUAACGUCAUUAUUGUGAGUACGUUUAACACUACUUCGGCCAUUAAACACUGUACAGUUUGUGUGUCCACCUGUGAAACACCGUAUGUGCUUGUUGUCUAAUCUCACUGCUGACAACAUGCAAAAUAGUGAAAUACUGUGAAACUGUACGGAGGGGGCAGGUGUGCGCUCAGGACAUUCUCACUGAUCACUAAAUGUCACAACAACAAUAUUUAAACCGUGGGAUUUUCCUCUGUGGCCAUUUCACG